UCUCAUAGGCGUCUCCUCCGCUCGUUUGUACUAGCGUGGUCUGGAGAUCUAUCCCGGCUUGGAUUAAGCUGUUUUGUUCGACGCGAAACCCUAACUGAUUGUAUUGCUUGGAAAUGUUUGUGGUGGCCUUCUAUUAAGCUGUAAGCAAUCCAAUCCAAGCACUUUAUCGCAGUUUUUUUUCUGUGUGUUGGAGUACGAGUAUAACAGUUUAAUUUCCUAAAAAAUGUUAUGGAUUCCACUGAACUCCAUACGCGUUAGAUCUGCAACUACUACUAUCUGAUUUAUACGUUAUAGUGUUGUUUGCGAUAAAUGUUUACUCCCUGCAUCGCUAUUUACAUGCCGGGCUCUUUUUUUGUGAUUUAACUUUGGCCAAUAGUAUAUGCGUUAUGUGUCAUAAAAACUAUAUCAUUGAAAUCUUUUUAUGAUUGCGAAUUUGUUGAUAUUGUUUUUUUAAUGUAAGGGCUAAGUGGUGAAACCCAGCUCACGAACACACAGAGAGAGAGAUGAACACGAGGAUUUUGCGCAGCGCACAACUUAUGCUACUUUUCGUUUUUCCCUUCCUUAUUUGUAGCUGCUUACAGGCUAACUGAAAACCACAAAAUCAGGACAUGACUAAGCCUACUGAUCGUGCCAUCCCACGAUCGCUGAGCCACUCCCUCGAGGAUGCCGUGCCUCAUGCGUUAUCUCCACGCCAUCCCACGGAUACACGAUCACCAGCCUACAAACUAACUGGAUCAGCUCGACGACUAUCUCAACGAGCUGACCGAUUAUUCUGCUGAAGCAAAACUAAUCCUAAACAGUUAACUGACAGAGAACUAGCCGUUGUCGACAACAGCCUGAAAUGCUACAGUUAACUGACGAAACUGUCGUCAGGCUUAAGCUUCAACAUUUAACACAUAACCCAUGUUUAGUUGGUCAAAUUGAUGGUCAAAUCUGAAUUUUCAAAUGCGUGCACACCACCUAAAUUAGAACGGUGGAAGUGCACGAUAGUUUGAACUACAUUAGGUCAAUAUACUGUCCAUGAGAGAACGGAGUGUGUAAUGGAUUCGUCAACGAUAUACCCUAUUAGUUCUGAUUAGUUGGUAUUUGGAUUUGGAUGACUGGGUUUUGUUCCAUCUAUUCAAGGUUUGAAAGAUGCCAAGAGACAAGCGCAGGCCGAGAGGCUUGAAUGAAGUACAAUAUGCCACCAAGAGAGUACUUAGGUCAAGUAGUAUCUCCAAAGUGGAAUCUGUCAAUUCUACGGAAACUGGUGAAUGUGCCGGAGAUACAGUGCAACGCACAACUGGAAGUUCCAUUGCAUUGUCAGAUGGUAAAACUAAGAUCAGUGAUAAUUUGGGGGCUGUCAAUGCUAGUAAAACUGAUGAACGUCACUUGAGUGAAGAUCUCAUUUCACAAGCUGCUGCUUCAAACUUCAAACCAACUGUUGUAUCUCUUGCUUCAUUCGAAGGAGAUACCAUGCUGGUUGAAUGCACAGGUGUAUGCAUCGAAUGCCCAGAUCCUAAUAGUGCAAGGUUUCUGACUUCAUUAAGCUUGUGUACAUCAUCAGAUGGUAGAAGGAUGGCCAGUGAUAAUUUCAGGAUUGAAGUAAGCUUCCCAAAUGGAGUUCUUGAUGGGCAGUUAGUGUAUUAUGAUUCAUAUUAUGGUAUUGCUGUUGUCAGCACCCAGCAUGUGCCUGUCUGUGAAGGAGAUCACAGGCUAGUGCUUAAUCAUGAUGAAGCACUUAAGUCUAGCAGUGAGGUAGUAGCGUUAUGGUGCUCUUCCAGUUCAGAAAAAUUAAUGGCCAAAAGUGGGCAAUUGAUUGGCCCUCUAGAUGGUACAGUCCACAAGCUUAUGUUCAGCACAUGUAAAAUCACUACGGCUGGGAUUGGAGGCCCCCUCAUUGAUAUAGAUGGGAAUUUUGUUGGCAUGAACUAUUAUAGUCAAAUGGGGGACUGCUCCCAAAAAGUGAUUACUCCCUGCCUUCCAAGGAAUUUAAUUCUAAAAUGCAUGGAGCAUUCUGGGAUACUCAGGCUUGAAACCAAGCAAGAGGGCGAUGGUACAAUAGGAAGUAGCACGGGCACGAGGGAGAUAUGUAAAUCUUCUACACAUGGUAACUUCUAUCAGGAGGGUUUCUUCACGAUGAACCCAGACCAUGAAAAAUAUGUAAAAGAAACCGCAAAAUCCUAUGGUUACCCCUUGCCAGAUCUGUUACAAGCAAACAUGUAUAUGGUCAAUACUUUUGAAGAGAAUUUUGUCAAAGAUACAUGGACUAAACUCGGAAAAGACGUUGCCUCAAAAAUGUCUGAAAGUGUUGUCCCACUUGCUUCUUUCAAUGGAAAUGCAAGGUUUUUUGCUUGCACAGGUGUAUUUAUAGGCAUAAUAACUUGCAGAUUGAAGUACGCCUUCUAAAUAAACGUCGAGCCAGAGGAAAAUUGACAUAUUGUAACUUUGAUUACAAUAUUGCUCUUGUUAACAUUGACGAGACGAUCCCGCCGCGUACAAUAGAACUCCAGCAGCCUCCUGUUACCACUGGUACUCCUGUAAGGGCUGUAGGGUGUCUCUUUGACAAACGCAGAUUAAUGGCCACAAACGCAGAUUAAUGGUGACUGAAAAAUCUGGCACAUCGGAUUGCGAUGAAGAUCGGAUAUCCACUUGUAACAUCACUAAGGCUGGGAUUGGGGGCCCUCUUAUUGACACUUGUGGGAAUUUUGUUGGUAUGAACUUCUAUGGCGAGAAAAGAACUCCUUUUUUACCAGCGAGUGUACUUUCGAAGGUCUUGGGGGAGUUUAUUGGACAAUGGCCUGAGGAUGCCUUGCCUAUUAUUGGCAAUGCUGAUGAAAAAAGGUGGAAAGUGCCCGAGCCAUCGUGGAUGAGUUCACCUGUGGAGUCACUUGUCGAGAUAGUUUGCCGGCAGCCAACCUACUGAACUUGGCACGGCUGGAUUAUAAGUGCUUGGUGCUGAUGAUGUGGGGUAGCUUCACUUGUACUGCUGUUUUGUACGGUACACUUAACCAAAUUUAUUUGUCAUGGUAAAAGAUUAUAUUUGUACUCCACGGUUUAACUCAUUCAAGUAGAAUGCUAAUGGGUCGCAAUAGAAGUUGGUAAAUGCUAUGUUGACAUUAUGGUGAAAACUAGUGGAAGCCAUAUUUUAAUGUUUUCAAAGAUUAAGGGCAUCUACUGUUGGACAG